AUGAGGGUCUUGAUCUCUGUUCUCGUGCUGGGUGUUUUCUCGUGUUCAGGGUUUCCAGUGUAUGACUAUGAACUGCCAGUCGCAGAAGAGGCUCUCAACGCCUCCCUUGCAAGGAUCAACUCCCGCUCCUGGGGGACUAACCUCUACGGUGUUGUCAGGAGCCACGUCACGAGAGUGGACAUGUGGAGCAGUGAUGCCUACAGCCUAGAGCUGCACUUCAGCAUCCGCCAGACCGUGUGCGCGAAGGCCUCGGGGAGAGACCCCUCCACCUGCCCCUUCAGAGCUGGGCCCCUCGUGCCCACUGCUCUCUGCAGAAGUGUUGUGGAGGUCUCCGGGGGGCUGAUCUCGAACGUUCUGGUGCAGUGCCACCAGGGCACCUCCAGCUCCGAGUCCAUCAGCAGCGAGGAGGUGCUGCGGAUGCCGAUGAGGAGCCCCAGCAGGCGAGGCAGCAGCCGUGGGGAAGGUGCAUUUGCUCCUGAGGCCUACCCUCCCAGGGGAAGAGGCAGCAGCCGUGGAGACUGGCACCAACCCAGCUACUUCAGCUCUGGCAAGGUGGAAUAG